CAUGGCUAGACAUCCAUCGAGAUUCACUGGGCCGAAGACGGAACAUCCGCCAUGGAAGCUACUAUGGGAGAGCCCUUGCUGGAGCAUUCCUUCAGCAAAUACCUUGGACUUCCCAAAAACACAGUUCACAGAGGCACUUUGCUCAUGGCCUGUUUGCUGGGAGUUGUGCAGUAUGGGGUCGUCUAUGUGUUUGCUGUCGUUGUCGAUGAACUGGCCCCAUAUUAUGGAUUGAACCGAUCUGCUGCAGACGAGCUGUUUGACAUGCUCAACUACGGAGCCUGCGCUUUGUCAUUUGUUCCUGGCCUUUUGUAUGACAAGCUGGGAGCGACCAAAGCAAUGGUCAUCGGAACCUGUGUAGGUGCUUUGCCAAUUCUACUGCUGCUGAAUUGGUCAUGGCUCGUUGGUUCUGUCGACGUUCUUAUAGGCCUGAAGAUUUGCUACCUCAUUUUUGGCAUGGCCCUGUCCUUCUUUCAAGUAAUCGCCACCUUUGCUCCGCUUGAAGCUUUCCCAGUGCAAUACCUCGGAGCGGUAUCCGCUGCCGUGCAGGUGAGCACAUCAUUGGGCGCAACGAUCCAAUCAGCAGUGUUCUUGCUGCUCAAGGCCCACUUCAAAGACUUUGUGUAUGCCUACUACCUGUACAUGCUGACAUGCACAGUGGGAUGCGGAGUUCUCAUGGCGUUUGCAUUUUGGGAGAAUGGUCGUAUUUUGCACCGGUCCAAGACCACCAUCGACACAGACAACACAGACAGUCUUGGGUCUCAGCUGAUGUCGGUGAGUUUCGCUUACGAUUGCCUUCUAUUCUAUUUGGGUGUUGGAUUUGUUUUCAGCUACUUGGAUGCUGCAGGCAUCCUCAAUGCGCUGGUGGGUUUGGGUGCCUCUCGUGCCACUGUCGCCUUUGGUAUUUACGGUGCCCUUGCAAGGGUGGUGUGCAAUCUUGCCCUGGACUUUACAAGAACAAAGCGUUGUGGAGGACCGAUGACGUACAUUGCAUUGUCCUUGAUUUCUCUAGCUACAGGCUUGCUGGCAGUAGCCGUUGCAGCACCCAGCAGGGGCUCAGUGAUUGCCAUGAACAUUUUCUGCAGCUUUGGUGCUGGAGGGCUGCUAGGCAUCACCCCAGCAGCCCUGAGGCUAUCGUUUGGUUCCGGAUCUCUUGGAUUGAUCUACGGGCUCCUAUAUGUCCUAACCUCGCUGGGCAUACCGACAUGGGGAUCCUUGCUCCCAAGACCGACGCAGAGCUGGAGCACUUAUUGCGGGACAGGCUAUGCUGUUCUUCCCGUUGCGUGCAGAUGUUUGUGAAUGGAUCUCCCUUUCGUGCUUGGGCAUGUCCUGUUUUUGCACAGCGAGGUGGGAGAAGCGGUUGUGAGUCUUUUUUGGACGCACUAACACUACUGUUUGAACACUGGAGGCGCGUUCAUGCAGCUUCUUCUGGCUGUGGGCGCCAUUCUGGUGGGAGCCAGGUGAAGCCUCACAGCUUGGCAGAUGUUUUUGGCCAAUGAUCUGCUCUGGAUGCAGUGAGUGAAGCACUUUCCAAAGUUGAAAGUCUAACCAGCCAGAUUUUAAAGCUGGAAUUGUUUCUGAGUUGGCGGAAAACUAUUUUGAGCACCACAAAUGAAUGGUUGGCAUGUUUCCUUUUUUAGCCGGAAGCGGGCGUUGUCAGUCGGUGCUAGCAAGUGAGCCUUGUGACGCAAUGGGAAUAAA